CCGGUCUGAGCAUGCGUAGUAAGGGUGACUGGCCCGGAAGCGCAAAGGCGGCAGCCGGUCGAGCUGCGGCGUGCGCGGGCCGCCUCCUCAGUGGGCGGAUUUGUGUUGCUACGGGCGUGUGGUGUCCUCUCUCCGGGUCGGGAGCCGAGUCUAGAGGGGGACAACAUGCCAACUGCCAAGCAACUAGCUGACAUUGGCUACAAGACCUUCUCUACCUCCAUGAUGCUUCUCACUGUGUAUGGGGGCUACCUCUGCAGUGCCCGAGCCUACCGCUAUUUCCAGCGGCGCAGCUCUCAGCGCCAGGCUGCAGAAGAACAGAAGACCUCAGGAGUCCCAUAGAACUGGGGGUUUUUCUCCUGGAGCAGAGAGGCCUGAGGCGUGCUGUGGAAUGAUCUCACCUGCAAUCAUUUCCAAGUCAAGAGAACUAGGGCCUUAAUGGUUUUCGAAUCCUGCUGAGGAAAAAGUGCCCCCUAUUUUCUCUGGUACUGCCGUUUUGGGGAGGCUGUUGAGUCACAACAGGAAUGGGAGGAUGAGGCACACCUACAGAGAUUAAAUAUUUUGCCAUGUC